CAAGCAAGGGCUGUGAGGGAGGGAGAGAGUGAGAGAGAAAGAGACAUCUCUGAUUGUAGCUCCACAGAGACUCACGCAGCAUCUCAAUCCUCUGGCUGUGCAGAGCCAGACCAGAGAGCAGGCAAGCCUUUAUUCACACAGUGGAUUUUUAGCUGUCGUUGCUCAUUCAGAGGACGAGGCUAUUCAGCAGCAUAAGAAUAACUUCCCUUCUGUCAGGUUUGCUGUGAACCUUUCUCUUCCUUUGCUUCCUUCUUUGUUUUCCUUCCUCCUUUGUACCAGAGUAGACUAUCAGUUGGACUGGAUUUUUGUGUUAUUUUUAUUUCAUUUCUUUGUUGGCAUUUCACACUGCACCUGACUCUUCGCUGAAGGCUGCCGUUGGAAGUGUUGUUGUCGUCGCAGCUAUCAGCUGAGUCACCAUGUCUGAUCUGAUGCCCCAGAGUGAUGCCCCCACCCCCACUACAGACAAGAUCACACAGGCUGCCAGAGAGACCAUCUACCUAUGCAACUUUCGCGUGUCGGUGGAUGGGGAAUGGCUGUGCCUGCGCGAGCUGAACGACAUCUCGCUCACGCCAGAUCCCGAGCCUGCUCAUGAAGACUCAUGGGAGGAUUUCACAGAAUUGGUGGAGCAAAUGCAAAUGCUUGAUGAGUUCAAAGAUCCUAAGGACCCCAUUGCCAUCGAGAGGCUGAACCUGAUGAACAUGGCGAAGCUGAGCAUUAAGGGCUUGAUUGAGUCUGCACUAAACCUUGGCCGCACACUGGACUCCGACUACGCCCCACUGCAGCAGUUCUUUGUCGUCAUGGAACACUGCCUGAAACAUGGACUUAAAAGUAAGAAGACGUUCCUUGGUCAAAACAAGUCUUUCUGGGGUCCUUUGGAGCUGGUUGAAAAGUUGACUCCAGAGGCUGGGGAGAUCACAGCCAGUGUCAAAGACCUUCCUGGGCUAAAAACCCCAUUAGGAAGAGGCAGAGCAUGGCUUCGUCUGGCCUUGAUGCAGAAAAAGCUCUCAGACUACAUGAAGACGAUCAUCAACAGAAAAGACCUGCUCAGUGAAUUCUAUGAGCCCAACGCUCUAAUGAUGGAGGAGGAAGGAGCAGUGAUUGCUGGGCUGUUGGUCGGACUGAAUGUCAUUGAUGCUAACUUGUGUAUGAAAGGAGAAGAUUUAGACUCACAGGUUGGAGUUAUAGAUUUUUCCAUGUACCUGAAAGACGGAGCCCACAGCAGCAAAAGUACAGAGGGUGAUGGACAGAUCACAGCUAUUCUCGACCAGAAGAAUUAUGUUGAGGAACUAAACAGACAUUUAAGUGCAUCAGUGAAUAACCUGCAAGCCAAAGUGGACGCAAUGGAAAAGUCCAACACAAAACUUACAGAGGAGCUUGCUGUCGCAAACAACAGGAUCAUCACUCUACAGGAGGAACUGGAGAGAGUGAAGGAGGAAAGCACUUACUUUGUGGAGUCCAGUCGCAAGGCCUCAAGGGCAGAUGGUACUGCAAAUGGUCAAGUUCUUGGAGAAACUCGCAAACAGCUCAAAGAGGAGACUCAGCUCAGGCUGGAUGUAGAGAAGGAGCUGGAAGUACAGAUAGGGAUGAAGCAGGAGAUGGAGUUAUCCAUGAAGAUGCUGGAGAAAGACAUUUGUGAAAAACAUGAUGCUCUGGUGGAACUGAGGCGGCAGUUAGAUGACCUGCGCACAAUCAACCACGAGCUUGCCGUCAAGUCACAGAGCUCAGAGGUCAGUGCAAAACAGAAGAGUGACAUCAUCUGCCGCUUGGAGGAGAAAUCAAACCAGAUGGCGAGCAUUAUUAAACAACUGGAGAGCAGUGAGAAAGACAUGGCUAAACAGGCACGAAGCUUGAACACUAAUGCUGGAAAACUCCUUCAGAGACCGCAAUAAAAUGAUCGCAAACCCCAGAUAUUUCCCAAAAAUGCAUAAAUAAAAAAAAAUCUGAUCUUCAGUUUGAUUUUGCAUAGCAUAGAUUACUAUGGUAUUUAUUUUAUUACUGGGUUCCAGAUCAGUUGCCGUAAUUUUGUCUAAUGGACUGAAAACUACGGAUUUUUCUUCUCUGUUUACCCCAGAAUCAUCUCUCAAUAUUGCACUCCUGAUUCAGUACUGCUGUCUCUAAUAUUCUCUAGUCUCCCUGUGUGUGUAUUAGCAGAAGAAAAACGCUGCUGUUUUGGCCAAUCAUAAAACUGGCCGUUGCCCAAAUCAAGUGGUGACCAUCUUAGAUUGCUUUGUGUCAGUUAGGUACAUUUUAAGUGAUGGCAGUGCAUCUCUAUUAUAUCUCUACUUCUCAAUACUGAAAUAAAGCAGAAUUUUGCUCAAAGCUGGCGCUUUAGAAAAAAUAUAAACCAGUUCAGUACAGCACGGGGAUACAUUCCUAACAAAAACGUACAAUCGUUUUAUAUUUGAAUGAAUACAAUACCAUAUUAUUAGGUUCAUUUGUUAUAUCUCUUCGACCAUGUUAGAAUUAAAAACUUUGGAACUAAAUAUUUGACUAACUUGUUUCCACAAAGGAAAGUUCACCCAAAAUGAAAUAUAUUAAAUUAUUUACUCACUCUCAUGUUGUUCCAAACCCAUAUGAAUUUAAUUAUUCUGUAGAACACAAACAGAAAUGCACAAGAAGUCAGUCAUAUGGGUUUGGAAUAAUAUGAGAGUGAGUAAAAGAUGACAGAAUACAAAUUUUUGGGUGAAUUCCCCUUUAAAUUCCAUGAUGUUAUGUGCUUGUAUGGAUGCCCAAGCUAAACAAACAGUAUGACUCAUGAAAGCAUAUUCAGGAGGUUUUGUUAGCUUGUUUGGCUAGAAAUGAUGUUGAGUGCAAAAUUGCGUGCCUGAAUUAUUCUACAGCUUAAUGUAAACUUAAUUAAACCCUGAAUUUGAUGAAGUGGAAUUUGAUGCCAAAUGUCAAAGCUUUGGAAAAUGUUUGUGAAAUGAAUUUGACACCAAGCUUUACAGAUUUGACAAAAGUCUGGACGAUGAAAUCAUCUAAAUUGUGAAUGGGCCGAAGUGUAUAUAGACAUAAUAUAGAUGUUAACUGUAGUACAAACAUAGCUUAAUAAAAAACAAAUUGGACACUUGUCAGACUGCUUUGCCUUCUUUAAUGUUUGCAGUUUCUAGCCCUUUGCAUCAUCCUGUUUUAUCCAGUUGUCUUUUAAGUUCCUCUCUCAGUUAUUUUUAUUAUGCUUUUAUUAUUUAAUUCAUCUUCCAUUCCCAUGGCUUUUAGUUUUCAUU